GUGGCUGAUAGUGAAAUGAAGGGCACUCGCCAGGAAUCUGAAUCUGAACCCGAUUCUGUUGUGCAAAAGCACAAAGGCGUCGUGCGGACACGGAAGCAAGCUCGAAGGUGGGCGAUGGUCGCCGGGCCGACGCACGCCACAGUGCGCGGCGAGACUCAACUUUCCAUGUGAACAAUGGGUACGCGGAAUGUCGACUGAGUUAGUUUGUGAUUUGACUUGAGACGUUAGGCACGUAUGUUUGCUUGUACGCUGCUCACGACGCGCAGAGUAGAUGUGCCGAUGUAAGAACUUUCAACGAUAGACUUUAGCCCAUGUUGAAUGCAUUGUGUGAGCCUGUGAAGUUUCGAGAUCCUGUCUGUCCGCCACUGUCUAGGGUGUUCAAGGAAAACAAAGCCGAGCUUUGUCGUGCUCGUCCCGAACCGUGCGACUGUUGUCCUUCGAAAGCUGCUCGUGUCCUGAAACGACAAGUGAUCCGAGAAAGUGUAGUGUGCAGUCAGUGAAGUGAUUUGUGCCUUCGCGCGUGGAGAACGGGGCUACUAUCUGACAAUAGGCCAGUAACGUAUGAAUGAAGUGAAUGAAAAGCGUUGCGCCGCUAGCUGGUCCUAAGUGAAUCUGAAUUGAAUUCGAGUGCAAGCAAGUGACGGAUUGCCCAGAAUAGGCUGCAAGCGAGAGCUGUCGCUGCAUCGGGAAGAGCCUGCCAGCGGGCCAGAGAGCCAUCCCAGUGGAUCAUUAAACUGUUUCGUCCCCGGCACAACAUCCGGUCAGCUCCGACUGGUUCCCUAGGUCGAUGUUCUAAGAAAUACAAAUAAUGGUGGCGGAAUUCGUCGCCCGACAGCAAAGCGGCUCCCCAGUUAACGGAGAGACACCACAUCAAAAUCACACUCCAUCCAAUAUGCCAGCACAUGGUAAUGCCAAUAAUUCAGACAUGCGUCUAGACACAAGUUCAUCAAUAUUACAAAUAAAUACAAAUUCAUCACAAUCAUCAAAUAGCAGAAUGUUGAAUUCAAACGGACAAAACGGACAAACAUUUCUCCAUGACCAUGGCAAUCUGCUGCUAACUCAAGAUGCAAUGAGCCCACAAUCACCAGGAAGUGACAAUUACAUUGGAUUUGAUCUGGCUGCACAAUUGAAACGUAAAGAGUUAUUUACACAGCGAAAACAACGUGAAUUUAUCCCUGAAAAUAAAAAGGACGAUAGCUACUGGGAUCGUAGACGUCGCAAUAACGAAGCAGCAAAGCGAUCACGGGAGAAGCGUCGAUACAAUGACAUGGUACUAGAGCAACGCGUUGUUGAACUUACUAAAGAGAAUCAUGUCCUGAAAGCACAGCUAGAAGCAAUCAAAGACAAAUUCAACAUCACUGCAGAGAAUCUUGUGAGCGUGGAUCAAAUCAUGGCCACAUUACCUACCAGCGAACAAGUUCUAAGUAUUACAAAACGCGCUAAGCUAACAAACAGUGUACCACCAACUAUAAUCUACCCAGGAUCACCGAGUCCAGCACCUCCAUCCACAAUUCAUCAACCUUUAGGGGUAGACUCUCCACCAUCGCCGACAAGACUUCACCACUCGCAAGUCGCUAUCCAUCAACAGCAGCCGCAACAGCCCCUACAGCCUCAACCUAAACUUCAGACCCAAGCCCCUCCAUUGGCGCCCCAUCAUCACUUCCGCUCCUGCCAGUCCAGUUCACCACCACAUAUGGAUUAUCGCGAAGCGGAGGUAUCCUACCAUCAGCAGCAUGCCAGAAACCCCCCGACGUUGCAUCACCACCAUCGUCAUCACCAUCCAUCGCAUCCCCACGUACAAUUCACCACGACUGCCAACAUCACUACAUUACCAGCUACUAGCAACGUCCCAGCGCCAGUAUCCGCUGCUUCCCAACUUUCAGCCACGGCGGCAGUUGCCCUUGCCACAAAUAUCUCCAACAUUUGCUAUACCGCAACGGGUGCUGUUAAUGUUCUUGCUGCAGCUCAGGCAGCCGCAGCCGGUACUCCUCUGAAUGAGCUGCAUCCAUAUGAUGCCACCCUGGUCACGGCAGCUGGCAAUGUCCUGAACUUAUCACGUCGUGCUCAAUCACCCUAUGAAUUGUCUAGUGGUGCAGGAUCUGGCACAGCUUCAGGGGAUGAUGAACAAUGUGAUAACCAACCCUCUAAUGAUAUAAACAAUAGUUUGCCCCUGAAACUACGGCACAAAUCUCAUUUGGGUGAUAAGGAUGCUGCUACAGCUCUGCUGGCUCUUCAGCACAUCAAACAGGAGCCAAGCUCCCGUUCACCACCAUGGGAUGGAGAAGGAUCGAGUGAUGAAAGAGACUCUGGUAUUUCAAUUGGUACGGAUUGGGUGGCAGGAUUUCAACGGAAAACGUCACCGGUCAAUGAUAAGGAGGAGGAGAAUAUUCAUCUGAAAUCCCAGCUUGCCCGGCUGGAAUCUGAAGUUGCCACAAUAAAAAACAUGAUGAUCCUGAAUACAACGCCUGGACAAGGUGCAACGGCUACAGCCCAGUAAUUAAAGUGUUUUUUUUUUUUUUUGUAUAAUUAAGUUAUGUUAUUUAUUGUCAUUGAUAUUAGUGAUCAGAAUCGGAGGAUUUAAUUCGAAAAAGAUCAGGUAUUUAUUGCGAGAAUCAUUAUUUUUUUACAUUGUUUCGUUUAUGUAGUUUUUUUUUUCAAAAGAAGAAGUAGAUAUAGCACUGAAAAGUGAUCCUAGAAACAGGGAUAGGUAGUCAUAACUGCGAUAUUCAUUUCAAUAAUCCUCCCUUGGAGGUUUAAAUGGUUUUGAUCAGGGUCUGCCGGUAUAACAAAUUAGAAAAAAAUAAAUUAGUAUAGUCACUCUCGGAAGCUGAAGCGUGGUCAUACAUGAGGUUCUAGCGUAACGACCCUAUGUGGAUCCUCAAGGCACUCUACCGUAUAUCUUAUCACUCAGAAGUUUACCAUUCUAUCCCUUUUAAAUAUUCAUGUUCGUGAUUCGAACUCGCGGUACCGAACAGAUCUUUCUCUCGCAUGCUUCCUAGCUCUGUAAUAAAUAAAUAGGGCGGUACGAGGAUGGCCACUCAGAGACUUGGAAUUCUCUGAACAAAUUUACGGAUUCCAUCAGAGUUUCAUGCUUGCCGGCAUUCGUCACUAAAGAUACUCCAGGAAAAUAUUUAUAAAAUGAAAUGUUUGCAAGAUCCUUCCUCAACAUUUCUAAAGGACAAUUAUUUCAAAAUGCAUGACACAUGAUGGGCCUUUUUGCUAAACGUCGGGAUUUUAAUUUUUUUCCUACAAAUAUUUGUUUAAUGCUUCGAAGGAUAUGCCCACUCCUGCACUAUUCAGGUCUUCUGCAAUUUCCUUUGUAGGCUGUCUUCUAUUUUCUACUUCCAAUUUUAUCGCUUUCUUUUUGAUCCUGAUGAUAAUAAUAAUAAUCGUUGGUACGACAAACUAGUUGAAUGAAGUCCUUGAAGCGUGUUAGAACACUUCAUCCAACACCGUGGCUGUAUACUACCGUACACUGUAGGAAGCAACGUGGUCAGCAUUGCGCUCGCCUUGAUUAUUAUCCUAAUUUGGCUUCAGGUACUCAUUCACAGCUGAGUCGAGUAUCCCAACAUCCAGUCACUAUGCCAAUCAUGCUGUCACCAGAGAGAUUUAAACCGCAACCUUCUGGUACGUGAGUCUAGCACUCUAAACACUGAGCCAUCCGGACCACGAGAAACUUAAAGAUUUUCAAUAUUCCCCUUUAUUUUGGAAAAGGAAUAGUUAUUAGAAUUGAGCAAUGCGAUUACGGAUCGUCUGGUUUCGGAAGUAACAUCCUUUGUCUUUGAAAUCUUAGUGGAACGAAGGAUAGCCGCUUACGGAAAAACGCGACAACAGGAUUCAAAAUUUAUAUCCGAAAUGAAAGUUCCAUAGACCAUAUAAUUGUGACCAAUUUUAUAUAUUUUUUUACCUGAAUAUUCUAUGAUCUGGGUUGCAUCUACAGACGUUAUUCGGCCUAGGCAUCCCUGAACAAAGAACUUAAACAUUGCGGUUUUGUGCCGCGGUUUAUGGCAUCGCCUCUAGAUUCUAUCAUGUUUCUAUCACAGCGUCGGUUUUGGUUUGUUAUGCCAUACGAAAACUAUUGAGCAUCCUUGGGUUAGAAAUGAACUUCAAGUAUCCUGGUGCGUUGAGGUCCAUUAAUUCGAUAUCCCUGCUUAGAUAUCCUAGUACACCAUCGUCUAUCUAUGGCACAAAAACUAUUGGUGUAGGUCUAUCUUAGAAACCAACGCAAAGCAUCCCGGUUUCGCGCCGAGGUGCAUCAAUUCGAUAUCCUUAGCAGUUUCUCUUAUCUAAGGCAGGGUUUAUGAUGGGUCCUUUUUCUAUCUACGAUUGCCACUAUAGGGUUUGCUAUAUUAGUCACUGUUCACUGCUUCGUUAAUCUGGAAUUUCGUUUUCUGAAAUAAAUCGAAGUAAAAAUAAGGAUGUUAACAACGGCUUACUGAAAAAGGGGACAUUCGCGAUUUAGUUUCGCAGAAGGAUUAUCUGAAAUUUGUUUCAUAUACAAAUAUUUCUGCUUUCCCAACGCAUGAAAUCCUUGCGCUCACUAACCUUUCUAUUUUGCGUCUUCUAAAAUUUUGUUCUUUUUUUUUUGUCUGAGGACUGAUGGUUUUUAAAAAUAACAUCUUGCAGUGAAAUUUUUUAAUUUUAAUUUGUUUCAUAAAAUAGAAGACCAAGCCUACGACCGGGCGCGAAACUUAAUUUAGACAAGCUGACGCUGCUACAAAAUAGUAGUUUUUGUAAGAACCACGUUUUCAAAGUCUUGGCUAGCAAAUCUUCUUGGUUUCUCUUUCGAAAACCCGGCAGCAUGCAACUCCUCCUUCUUCCAACUUUUCCAUGGAAUUCCAGGCGGUCGGGUAGCGUGGACUUAUAAGUGUUUUUGACGAACUAUACCCCGCAAAGUAUAAUAUGCCAACCAUCGAUAGCUGUCAUCGUAAUGUUUAGAAGGUGUCGCAGAAUAGUUGCCUUAUCUAAUUGACUGAGUUCCUCACAUUAUUAUUAUUCUGUUAAGGGAAAGUCGCACCGCGUCCUUGAAGAACUAUUGUGUCCCUUUUACUGGUUACAGUGUACCUGUUGAUCAUAGUAUCUCAAGCAGGUCUGUAACCGUUAGGA